UAAAGCAGCUGCUCCAUGAUCCUUCAUCCUAUUGGCUCUCUGCUCUCAUCGGUGACCAAUCACAGGCUGUCAUUCUUCAUGGAUUCUCCAUAGUUCCUCUCAGCUGCCUCUGGCUGCAGCAGCUUUUCAAAGCUUUGCUUCAGCUUACUGUCUGACUGUUUGAAUCUUUGACUUCAUGAUGGCACCGCUGUCCAUUCAGUCCGGAGUGAAAUACGCCAAAACGCUGCUGCCAAAGACUCUGAUGAGGUCCAUGUCCACAGUCCAGACCACCAUCUCUCGACACAUGCUGCCCCUAAAUCGGCCUCGCUGUUUCAGAGUGUGCACAUACAGCCGGAUGCGGCGGCGAAGUUUGACUGCGUCUUCUCUAGACGAGCUCCUGGAGCAGGCAGCGAGGGUGUUCAUGAUGUCCUACCAGUUCCUGACUCUGGUCCUGGAGGAGGACGGGACUGUGGUGGACUCAGAGGAGUUCUUCCAGUCACUGCCCAAUAGCACACCGCUGAUGGUGCUGGAGAAGGGGGAGAUGUGGACAGAGAGCAAGAUUAUUCCAUGCUUCCGUCAGCCAAAGAAGAGUGGGAUUGCCAAAGUAACCUUUGACCUCUACAAACUGCAGCCUAAAGACUUCCUGUGCUGCCUCGCCAUCAGGGCCACGCUGUAUGAGACGUACACACUCUCAUACGACUUCAGAUUCACCAGGAUCAAACGCAUCCUCAGCUCGCUGUUGUGCUGCGUCACCUCUCUGACCAGACUAGCCGGACAACUGCUGCUCUGCACAUCCUCCUCACUACUGCAGUUCACCGGAAAUGCCGGCUGCUAAAGCCAUGUCUCUUUGUGUUAAACAGCUGUUCAUUCGAGGGGUGUACUACGAAGCUGGUUAACACGCCCAGGCUUUCUUUGCGUUACCUCCCUCGACAAAUCGUAGGGCCAAGAUGCGGGGCAGCCCAAGCAGAGGAGCCUAGAUAUCCCUCUCUCCAGCCUCCAGUUUAUCUGGGGGGAGACGCUAAGGUGUUCUUAGGCUGGCCUGGGUCUGCCAGACCCCUUCCAAGAAGGACAUGCCUGGAAUACCUCACGUAGGAGGUGUCCAGGAGGCAUCCUUGUAAGAUGCCCAAACCACCUCGAUUGGAUCCUUUCGUUGUGGUGAAGUAGCAGCUCUACUCAGAGCUCCUCCUGAAUAACUGAACUCUUCACCCUAUCGCUAAGGCCUCUAAGCUGCGCACGUGCGCAAUUGCACACUGUUGGCACGGUCUCUGCGCAGAGAAAAUCUGUGUUGCGCACACAAAAAGAAUAUGUGCUGACAUCGGUGUUUUAGCUAGCAAAGCGGCGU